UCAAACUCAAGAAGAAGAAAGACAGAAUUGAGAAAGUUUCUUUGACUCAGACACAAGAAUCUAAUCUGUUUACGUGACACACAAACAAUGAUCUUAACAAUGAAACUUCUUCACUCUCUCUCUUCCUCCAUUACUCUUCCACCAAAAACGAGGCAAUCCAAACCUCACCGGUGCUCAAGGGUCAUAAGAUCAUCAGAGACCGUCGUUUUCCGGUGCCGGCGGUGAGCUACAAAGGAAGAAGGGUGUAUGUUUUAUAGAUAACAUUAAAGUAUGUUUUUGCAAAUCAAAAAGUGUACAAAUGUAGAGUUCUGGUGGAGGCUUCAUGGGGUAUAUAUCAUUGGAGAACGAAGAUCCUUCUUUUAAUUGGACUGAUUUAGAGAUACAGAGGUUGAGGUAUCGUUAUUAUCGGCUUAGUAGAUUAAGGCACGGCCGGAGGAGGGAUUUAAAAUAUCGAGUCAAAUCGAAUAACCUUGCUUCUCGAGGUAAAGAAUUAAGUUGUUAUUCUUAAACUAUAGCUGAAUGAAUCUUACGAACGAUAAUAACCUUGCUUCUACAGGUAAAGUUAAGUGUUACGUUAAUCUUCUCCUCAAGACUUUUUGUUAUUUUCCACAAAAUUAUAUAUAACACAUAUUAAUUGAUAUUUAAAAUAUAUAUUGAAAAACUGUUACUUUGAUAUUAUCCCGGAUACUUUGCUCAAUCUUAUUAGGAACAAUGUCAUUAUUAACCCUAAUAAGAAAAGUGAGAUCGAACUUCUUCUUAUAUAUAAGACUAAACAAGAGAUCGUUUGUAGAUCGAGCUUAAGAUCAUAUAACAUAGGGUGUAAACAUGCGUAGUGCAUAUUCAACAACGAAAGGGCUAUUUAUCUUUCUCUUAGUUGUGGUGGAGGCUUCAUUGUGUCUAUCGUUCGAGAAAGAAGAUCAUUCUGGUAAUGAGAUUGUGGAGCCUCUGAAAGAUAUAAUGGAGGCAUCUCGUCGGGGCGUUUUACUAUGGCGCAGACAGAUGAUAAUGCCACAGAGGAGGCCUAAGGAGUUGAGAAAUCGAGUCAAAUUGAAUAACCUUGCUCCUAGAGUGGGUCCACAAGUGAUUGUGGAUAUAAGAUGGGACAAAACGAAUGAAAGUGAUGGUAGUUACUCAGCUAAUGUCACAAUCUCCAACUACUUCAAGGAUAGUGAACUUAUAAGGCGAUGGAGAUUAGCGUGGUUAUGGGGCAGCAAAGAAACCCUAUUGAGUACUUUGGGUGUUAAAGGCACACAACAUGGCUCCGUUUUUUUAGGUGAAGAUGACUACGCGUACUGCUUGAACAACGUGACCUUUGCGGGUGAUAACUGCAUAGACGGUGUGGUUCCUCUGCGGUUAAGAAAAGCUGACAUUAUUGCGAGAAGGUCAACUUCAUUUCAGAUUACUGUUAGCUAUUCUGAUAGAGGAGAACAUGCGCCGCCCGAUGUAGGGUUGGAAUACGAACAUGAAUGUGAUGGAUGGGAUAUAGGGUAUGAACAUGAAUGUGAUAAAUGGGAGAUAGGGUAUGAAUACGAACAUGAAUUUGAUACAGGGGAGGGAGCAACUAAUGAUCGGAAUACAUGGAGGACGACUUGCAUUCUCUCCAUAGCCGAAGCUAACAAGUUCGACGAGAUUCACGAAGAAUUAUGAAGAAUUUAUGAAGUUUUUUUUUCGAAUUUGCUUUUGAUAUUGGUGUUUUUAUUUUUAUAUAAGCAUAAUAUAUAUUUUAAAAAUUUUAGUGUUUUAGAAAUUAUUUUUACGAGUAGGUUUCACUUUAUUGGGUAAUGUUAAUAAUUUUUGCCCUAAUU